GCAAGAUCCCCAUAGCUCUUUUCCGUUCUAUCUGCGACUCAUGUCGAAAUACGACGUCUAACGUCCCACAAACCGUCUUGUGCGACCACAUACGGCUGUUCCUUUACCUGGGCAGCGUACCUGCAUAUCGGGAUUUCUUGAUCACCAGGCAAGAAAGGUUGGCACUGCUCCAGGAGCAGCCAAAUGACGGCCAUGGCCUGGCAGCCGGAAGAAGAGCCAUUGAGGCAACUCUCAAGUUGCUUGAAAGACUCCCUGAGUGGUCACAAUAAGACUGCGCAGAAACAGGCGGAAAUUAUGCUUGCCCAGGCAAAAUCUUCACCUGACAUUAAUAACUAUCUCACAUAUCUAUUCUCAAGUUCCCAGGUUCCCCCCGGCUUGGCUUAUACCCCGGAGGAGUACCAUGCUGUUCGAUCAGCGGCGGCUAUUAUGCUGAAAAACAACAUAAGAACGGGUUACAAGUCAAUACCGGCAGAAAGCCUAGCUCUCGUCCGUUCUUCCGUCCCUCUAGCAUUACAGGAUAAAAACCAGUCAAUUCGAAGCUACGCUGGAAAUGUCAUUACGGAGAUUGUCAGUCGCGGAGGGAUUCUUGGCUGGCCUCAACUACUGCCAGAGUUAUUAGCGUUGGUUGGGAAUGAGAAUGGGACGGUUACACCAGAAGCACAGGAGGGAGCGAUGGCUGCUCUGGCAAAAGUCUGCGAGGAUAAUAAAAAGAUGCUCGACAGGGACUACCAAGGACAACGGCCCCUAGCUUUCAUUAUUCCCAAACUUAUCGAGUUCACUGUCAGCGAAAAGCCAAAAAUUCGAUCUUUAGCUCUAGGUAGCAUCAACGUUUUCAUUCCACAGAAGCCGCAGGCCCUGCUCGUCUCCCUGGACGACCUCCUGAAUCGGCUGUUCCAGCUUGCCCAUGAUCCCUCGUCCGAUGUCCGCCGACAAGUGUGCCGAGCAUUUGUCCAAAUCGUUGAGAUUCGCCCUGAUAAGAUCCUGCCUCAUAUCGCUGAUCUAGUUGAUUAUAUGAUUGCGCAGCAACGGAAGAUUGAGGAUGAAGACUUGGCUUGCGAUGCAGCGGAAUUUUGGCUUACGGUUGGCGAGCACGGUGAAUUAUGGAAGUCACUGGGUCCCUACCUCAACAAAAUCAUCCCUGUUCUUCUGGAGAGUAUGGUCUACAGUGAUGAAGAUAUUGCGAUGCUGGAAGGUGGGGGGAAUGACGCCGACGAAGAGGACCGCGCGGAGGACAUCAAGCCCCAGUUCGCGAAGAGCAAGAGCAUUCGGACCCUGGCCAACGGCGAAGAGAGUGUCGAAAAUAGCAUGAACGGUUAUGAAAAGCUCAAUGGCAUGGACGAUGAUGUUGACGAGGGAGAAAUCGAAGAGUACGAUGAUGACGAUGAUGGGAACCCCGAGGACCGGUGGAAUUUGCGAAAAUGUUCUGCUGCAGCCCUGGACGUUUUCGCAACCGACUUUAAAGGGCCAGUCUUUGAUGCUAUUCUCCCAUAUCUGAUGACGAACCUGAAGCACGAAGAAUGGCCUUACCGUGAAGCUGCUGUACUUGCACUUGGAGCUGUUGCGGAAGGAUGUCUCCCAGUUGUAACACCACAUCUGCCAGAGCUCGUCCCCUAUCUGAUCUUCUUACUCAAGGAUCCCGAGCCACUUGUCCGACAGAUUACCUGUUGGACUCUGGGGAGGUACUCGGCGUGGGGUGCAGGUCUCACAGAUCCUGCGUUGCGAGCACAAUACUUCGAACCUAUGAUGGAAGGCAUCCUCCUCAAGAUGCUGGAUCACAACAAGAGGGUGCAAGAGGCUGGAGCCUCGGCAUUUGCUCAUCUCGAGGAGAAGGCAGGGGCUGGACUAACACCAUACUGCGAGCCCAUCAUCCGCCAAUUUGUCCGGUGUUUCGAGAAGUACAAGGAUAGGAACAUGUUCAUCCUAUACGACUGCGUGCAAACCCUGGCAGAGCACGUCGGCCACGGUCUUGCCCAGCCUCAACUUAUUGACCUACUGAUGCCGGCCCUCAUCCACCGGUGGAACAAGGUCACGGAUCAGUCACGAGAGCUAUUUCCGCUCCUGGAGUGUCUAUCAUACGUAGCCGCAGCUCUAGCAGAAUCGUUCGCGCCGUUCGCGCCUCCGGUCUUCACCAGGUGCAUCAAAAUUAUCCAUCAAAAUCUGGAAGAGUACUUGGCGGCUGUCACGAAUCCAAUUUUAGAUUCUCCCGACAAGGACUUUCUCGUAACGAGCUUGGACCUCCUAAGCGCUAUCAUCCAGGCACUUGACGAGAAACAGUCCGCGGCACUCGUAUCCGGUUCACAACCCCGACUUUUUGACCUCCUCCAAUUCUGCAUGGAGGACCCUGAGAAUGAUGUACGCCAAUCCUCGUACGCAUUGCUUGGAGACUGCGCAAAAUACGUCUUCCCGCAACUAGAACCCUUCCUCCCGGUCUUGUUCCCCAUCCUGAUCAAACAACUGGACCUGGAUACGAUCCUGGAUGAGCAGAUCCAGACCGGGUUCAGCGUGGUGAACAAUGCCUGCUGGUCCUCGGGCGAAAUCGCAAUUCAGAAUGGUAAACAGAUGGCGCCGUACGUGGGCGAGCUCAUGCAGAGGUUCCUAGAGAUCCUUGGCAACCCCGAGGUACCCAGGUCGGUCCUCGAAAAUGCGGCCAUCGCCCUGGGCCGGCUGGGGCUACAGAACGCUGACAUCAUGUCACCUCACCUGGCGACGUUCUCAGAGCAAUUCUUGAAGUCGAUCAGCACGGUUGAUUACACCCUGGAGAAGGCGACGGCCUGCAAGGGAUUCGUGCUUUGUGUCAUCGCCAAUCCUCAGGCGAUGGAGAAAGACCUGGCACGCUUAUUCACAACCAUUGCUCGAUAUAAGAUGACCGAGGAGACCAAGACGCCUCUCACAGCCGACCUUCACCAGAUCUUCCAACACACACUCGACGUCUACAAAUCCCUCAUCCCCGAUAUCAACGCAUACCUCAGCACGCACGUCGCAGCAGCGGACGUAGAAGCGCUGCGGAUGACGUACAGCAUGUAAAUAGACAAGAAAUGACACAUUUUUUCUUUCCCUCGACACAAACACAGCACGGCACAGUCAAACGAUAGGGGGCGUAAGGGCAGGCAGAAAGGAAAGAAGGAAAGAAGGGAGCUCAGAAUUCAAUCACCAUAUAAGCGGGCAGCGCUCUGCUAUAUGCUUGACUAUAUUCACGACGGCAUGAUUAAUAUGGGUUGGGUUGGGGGUUUCGGGGGGGAGGGAGGGCGGCGAGUUAAGUCAGUCAGUCAGUCAGGCAGGCAUGUGUGCGAGAACGUAAAGGAAAGAAGGAAGUGAAGGAAGUAAAGGAAAGAAGAGAAGAAAAUCAAGAAGAAAGAAGAACGCAUAGCGAAAAAAUUUUCCGG